AUGGCGCCCAAGGAACCUUUCAAGGUGCAUUCCCUCAGCAAGCAUAUUGAGAACACAAAGAAGGGUUUAGCCGCCGAUUCGCAGCCCACCCGCCGACUUACUGGCCGCUCUGCAGUUGUCAAGAAAGAGUCGAGCAACCCAAAUAACAUUUUUGCCAACAACAAUGACGACUCCUCAGCCUCAGAAAGCGGAAGCGAUAGCGAUAGCGAUAGCAGCAGCGAUGAGGCUGCCGGUAGCUUCUUGGACAGACUUACUGCGAAGUCUACUCCUGUAAAGUCCACUCCUCAGGCUGCCCGCCGUCGCAGCAAGGAUGAAGAAAUUGCCGACAGUGACGACGAGCGCAAAGCUUCCAGCAACAAGGCCUCUUCGAAGAAGCCUGCCCCAAAGCCCGCAUCUUCCAGCGAUUCAAGCAGCGAAUCCGAAUCUGACGACGAAAAGGCCAACACCAAGACCAACGGUGCCACUCUUGCCAAGGACGCCGACAGCAGCUCGAGCUCUUCUAAAUCGGAUAGCGACAGCGAAAGCGAUAAGGAAGACGAGACGAAGAAACUAGCUGCCAAGCCAUCCGCUGAAAAGAAGGACGAUCCCGAGUCAUCUUCUAGCGAGGACGAGAGCGAGGACGAAACUGAGUCCAAACCCAAGCCUGCCGUAAAUGGCACUGCUGCUACCACUACAUCUGCCAGCUCCAGCGAAAGCAGUGAUAGCUCUAGCGAAAGCGAAAGCGAGGGAGAACAAGCUGCCAAGCCCGCCACCAAGGCUGUUACGAAGCCUGCUGCAAAGUCUGAAGCCAAGGUGUCAGAUAGCUCUUCCAGCGAAGACGAGGAUUCUGACGAUGAGAUGGUCGAUGAGUCGAUGCACAUCGAAGACCGCGAAGGACAGGUCGCCAUCCCCAACUUUAUUGCUCCCGACUUUGUCCUCCGCAAGGGCGACGAUGGCACAAGCGGCAAGGAUGUUGCUGAGGUCUGCAACCAGGCCAACCUCGAGGGCAAGCAGUUCUGGUACUUCACAGUUCCUUCUGACGUCCCCAUCUCGGUUGUUCAAAACCUCGAAAUCCCCAUGAACCAGUCAAGCGCCAACAACAAGCUGUUCUCUCAUGGAGGCGAUGACUACGGUUUCUCUUUCGAGAGCAUUGCUCCCAAGAGCAACAUCCAGAUCAUGAUUCCUUCCUCUGACGCUACUCAAUACCGAUCUGCCCCCAAGCCGAUUGAUCAGAUAAUGCAGGUCAAGAAGAUUACGCAACUUGGCUCCAACAGCUCUGUUGGUCCUGCCCCUAAGCCAGCCCCUCGUGCUCAGCCCGCUGGCCUGAAAGCUCGCUACCAGCCUAUCGGUGUCAACGAGCCCAUGGGUACGGUCGAUGAUGAAGAGGAUGUAGAGAUGGCCGAGGCUCCUGCUGUAUCAGCUAAGGCGGAAAAGAAGGAAAAGAAGCGCAAAUCCAAGGAGACAUCCGAGAAGAAGCAAAAGAAGAUGACUCUUCCCGAGCGCCCUAGCCCCCAAACCGCAGAGGAGCCAACCCCGGAUACCCGCAAGAACAAGCGAAAGCUCGCUGCCUCCGAGGAAGAUGACGCUGCUGCUGUCACCGAGCAACUCCAGACGGAGGCUAGGUCAGCUGCUAAGAAGUCCAAGAAGCAGAAAACAGACCGAGUCGGUAGCCCUGACCUGGGCUCCGAGCCCGCUUCCGUAUCUACCAAGAAGCAGACCCCUAUUCUGCCUCCCGCGUUCCCUUCUGUAGGAACUCCAACUCCCAAGGCCGCUUCUACACCUACUACAUCCAGCAAGAAACAAAAGAAGGUCAAGGAGGCUGCCCUUCCCCCUCUUCGCCAGAGCGUUGUUCCCAUCCCUACUAUUCCUCACUCGUCACCUCCCAGAUCCUCUCCUGCGCCUGCCCCUGCAUCUCAGGCCCCAAGCUCGCCUAUCCGAGCCAAGGAGAAGCGAUCCAAAAAGUCAAAGGAUAGCAAGAAAGCCGCAUCAAGCAAGAAGGAAACCCCUGUGCUGCCCCCAGUGCCUGCUUCUUCCUCGGAAUAG